AAGAAAAUGAAAACAAAUUCAAAUAUUAUAAAUCUACUUUUCAAAAAUGUAAAGAAGAAAUUAAUAUUUUUUAUAAAAUACCAAUUGAAAUUAUUAAAAUAAUAUUUGAUUUAUCAGAUGAUAAAUCAUUAUUUAACUUUGCAUUAACAAAUAAAUUUAUUUAUUAUUUAUAUUUAAAAUAUGUAUAUCCAAAAAAAUUCUGUGAAGCUGCAAGACUACAUAAUCUAAUAUUAACAAUUAUUGGAUUUAUGGAUAUUUCUGAUGAAGAUGGUUAUUACACAGAUUAUGAUUUAUCAAAAUUUGGUUUAAAACUUUAUUUAGAAGAUUUAGAAAAAAUUAAAUUCAUUUAUUACAAUAAAGAAUUUCAAUUUUGUAAAAAUGAAAUUACUAAAGUUUUACAAAAUGUUUCUCAUAAUAAA